AUGAAACACAAAAGCACAAAUAAGGAUUUGAGAAUAUGGCAAUCAGCAUGCAGCCAAGGAACUCAAGAUCAAUUAGAUUUCUAUAUGAUUGAAAACCCAAAUCAAUGAAGAUGGGAAUACCAAGUUUGAGGGCCAGAAUAUAUUAGAGUCAACAAAUGAGACCCAGAACCAACAGAGGAGUAUAAGGAACGAAUGAAAUGGGAGAGCAUGAGCGAAGAAGAACAAAAAGCUACAAUUAGAAUUCAGGAAUUGGAACAGGAAUUAAAUCAAACUAAGGAGACUAUCAAACAAAAUUAUGAGAGAUUUAAUGAUUCUUACAAAGAAGAUGAGAUAGAAAGUUUGAAGGCCCAAAAACAGCAGUUGAUUGAUGAAUACACCAACUUUGUCAAACAUGAAAUCCCUCAUACCAAAGAACGGAUCAAACAAACAUAUUCCCCUUUCAAUAUCCAACAAAUUUCAAAAUCUGGUGACCGAAUCAUCACCGAAAUCAAAGAGUUAAUCGAAUCACCUAUAUCAUUGGAACACUUCAUCGACCCCUUCCAAGCUCCUUCUGGCCACACUUUCGACCAAACCGACUCCGACUCAAUCAUGAGAUCAGGAGUCGACCCAAUCACCAGAGUCCCACUCUCCCCCAACCACAUCCGUCCCCACUUCAUCUGCAAGCACAUCACAGAUUUAAUCAGACACCAUACCGACUAAAUCCCGAUUUCCACUUUCCCACCUCUAAUUUCAAUAAAACCUUCUC